CAGGAUUUCCCAUUCCCCAACCUUGGCUGGAUGGAGGAGGCUGUGAGGAAGAGGAGGAUGUCCCAGGACCCCCAGGCAGGCAAUGAGCUGAGGAUGGAGACCAAGGAGGACAAAUCCCCCCAGCAGAACAUCAUGGAAGAGUCUGUUUUGAGCAUCUCCACAGCACAGGAAUCCAGUAGGGAGGAAAAGUCGCGGAGAUCUUGUGCAAGGAGGGGCUGCAAACACCAGCCAGGGUGCUCGGAGGGUGAAAGAUCCACCCAGUGCCAGGAAGGCACCCAGAGCUUUAGCCGGGGCUUGGAGCUGGAGGUUCAUGAGCAGCUUCACACUGGGGAGAAGCCCUACAAGUGCUUGGAGUGUGGGAAGAGCUUCAGCCAGAGCGCCUACCUGCUCCGUCACCGACUGAUCCACACUGGAGAAAGGCCCUACGAGUGUCGAGAAUGUGGGAAGAGCUUCAAUCAGAGCUCCAACCUCAACUCCCACCAGCGGAUCCACACUGGGGAGAGGCCCUACGAGUGUUCUGAGUGUGGGAAGAGGUUUCAGACCAGCUCCAGUGUCCUCCUGCACCAGCGGAUUCACACAGAUGAGAGGCCCUUCCGCUGCCCUGACUGUGGGAAGGGCUUCAAGCAAAACUCCACCCUCAUCACCCACCAGCGCAUCCACACUGGGGAGAGGCCCUAUGAGUGUUCCCAGUGUGGGAAGAGCUUCACCCAGAGCUCUAACUUGACCCGACACCAACGGCACCACAAGUAAGGGAAGCCCUGUGAGUGCCCCGAGUUUGGGAAGAGCUCCGUGCGCUGCUCCAACUUCGUCCCCCAUCAGAGGAACCACAUUGGGCAGAGACCUGGUGACCCACAUUCCUGGCGAACCCCUUUGGGACGACACCUGGCUGGUGGUCUCCACAUCCUCCUGGAUCCCUGUAAGCACCUGCAUGAGCACAGGGGC